CGUGCAUGCGCCAUCGCAGAAAUUCAACAACCCACCACACGAGGCACGAUGUAUCGCGUUGAACUUCUUCCCGGGUCGACAACCCACGUCAGUCCGGGCUGGACCUACGUCCCGGAUCGAGGCUUCGACCCCGCCAAAGCAGCCAUCACGCCCACCAUCGGUCGUAAACGCGGCAUCCGGGACCCAGGCCGGACAGAUCUCUCUUCCCGACAGACCAACGCGAUCAUCCGACAUCUGGCCGAACUUGACCGCGAGAACCAUCGCGAUGUACAGAUCCAGAUACCCGUGAGACAGAAAGAGCCUGCUGCCCCACGAGGAACCCGCACGAAGGUAACCUCCAACGUCCGCCGCAUCCUCCAAUCCCAAAAGACCUUCCGCAACUACCUCGACGACGAAGAAGCCGCUCAAGCCAGCACCGCCGCCGCCACGCCAGGAAACACCAGCGCAACAAACCCCCCCUCCUCCUCCUCAGCAGCAGCAGCAGCAGCCGCCGGUGGCGGUAGUGCAACAGGACACAGAGGCUCGAUCCACCGAAUCACGAAACCCAGCACAGCAGCCACGACCCCGUCCUCCCUCCGCCGCAGCUCCACCCCGCCGGAAGAAAAUGCCCCCGAAGAACCAAACACCACAACGCUCAUCCGCUCCGAACACGACUCCAACCCGCUCCUCCGCUCGUACCUCCCCGCCGCCCCCUCCGAGCGCAUCAUGCAGGCCCUGCUGGCCGAGCCGCCGCUGACGUACCACGCGGCCCGCGCGGGCUCGCCGAUCGCGCCCCGCCGCUCGCAGCGGCACUUCUGCUGCAUGUGCGGGUACUGGGGCAAGAUCCGGUGCAAGAAUUGCCACGCCCGGACGUGCGGGCUGGCGUGCUAUAAGGUGCAUGAGGAUUCGAGGUGUGGGGCUUUCUUUUGA